CAAGAAGGGCUAUGAGUGGUCCGGGAGAUUGCUCUAGUUAAUUGGCAAAGGGGAGCUGGUUGGGAGGAGGAGAACCCAAGAGGAGGGAGAACUGGGCAUUUCAGUGCACCGCAGGAUGGCAUCGCCUCUGCCCUGGCUCUACAUUAUUCUAUGGGUAGAAAAUGCCCUAGGGAAACUGGAAGAUGAAGGAAACUUCUACUCCAGAAACAUCAGUCGGAUCCUGGACAACUUGCUUGAAGGCUAUGACAAUCGGCUGCGACCGGGAUUUGGAGGUGCUGUCACUGAAGUGAAAACAGACAUUUACGUAACAAGUUUUGGGCCCGUGUCAGAUGUGGAGAUGGAGUAUACAAUGGACGUUUUCUUCCGCCAGACUUGGACCGAUGAGAGGUUGAAGUUUGGGGGUCCAGCUGAGAUUCUGAGUUUGAAUAACCUGAUGGUCAGUAAAAUCUGGACACCUGACACUUUUUUCAGGAAUGGCAAAAAAUCAAUUGCUCACAAUAUGACAACUCCUAACAAACUCUUCAGAAUAAUGCAGAAUGGAACAAUUCUAUACACCAUGAGGCUUACCAUCAACGCUGACUGUCCUAUGAGGCUGGUUAACUUUCCUAUGGAUGGGCAUGCUUGUCCACUCAAGUUUGGGAGUUAUGCUUACCCCAAAAGUGAAAUCAUAUAUACAUGGAAAAAAGGACCACUUUACUCAGUGGAAGUCCCAGAAGAAUCUUCAAGCCUCCUUCAGUAUGAUCUGAUUGGACAAACAGUAUCUAGUGAGACAAUUAAAUCUAACACAGGUGAAUACGUAAUAAUGACAGUUUAUUUCCACUUGCAAAGGAAGAUGGGCUAUUUUAUGAUACAGAUCUAUACUCCUUGCAUUAUGACGGUCAUUCUUUCCCAGGUGUCUUUCUGGAUUAAUAAGGAGUCUGUUCCGGCCAGAACUGUCUUUGGGAUCACCACUGUCUUAACCAUGACUACUCUAAGCAUCAGUGCCAGGCACUCCUUGCCAAAAGUGUCUUAUGCGACCGCCAUGGAUUGGUUUAUAGCUGUUUGCUUUGCUUUUGUCUUCUCUGCUCUUAUUGAGUUCGCAGCUGUCAACUACUUUACCAAUCUUCAGACACAGAAGGCCAAAAGGAAGGCACAGAUUGCAGCCUCACCCCCAGUGACAAUAGCAAAAGCGACUGAACCCUUGGAAGCUGAGAUUGUUUUGCAUCCUGAUUCCAAGUACUAUCUGAAGAAAAGAAUCACCUCUCUGACGUUGCCAAUAGUUCCAUCCUCCAAGGCCAGCACAGUCCUCACAAGAGCUCCCAUCUUACAGUCAACACCUGUCACCCCCCCACCCCUCUCUCCUACCUUUGCGGGUACCAGUAAAAUAGACCAGUAUUCUCGGAUUCUCUUCCCAGUUGCAUUUGCAGGAUUCAACCUUGUAUACUGGAUAGUUUAUCUUUCCAAAGACACGAUGGAAGUGAGCAGCAGUGUUGAAUAG